AUGCCUCCAGACCGUCCACCAGUCCACCUCGUCAUCCACCGCGACGACACAACCGUCACGAUCGUGGGCGUGUAUGCCAGUCUGACGGAUGCGAAUACCGAGUGUAUAUCUCUCGGACAGGAGGCGGGUAUUCAGUUGACGGGGGAGUCGGGGGAGAUGGCGGCGGAGGAUAAGAGGCUCAUGCCUGUUGAGCCGAUGAGGUGGGAUUCUGCGGCGGGGGUGUCAUGCUGGGUUGAGACGCAUCAUACCGGCUCGCCAGUGUAUGAGUGCAGCAAUAAUUGCUCCGUCAUGGCCGAGGUGGAGGGAAUGCCCACCUUCGGCGCUGAGCUAAAGGAUGGGUUCAAGCCAGCUAGCGCCUGGGUUGGCCACGGCAUCGCCUGGCUAGAAGACAUCCAGCAGUUUUACCGCGAGAGAUCCCUCAUCGAGAAGGAAUACAGCGCCAAGCUCAGUGCGUUGGCCAAGAAGUACUUUGAAAAGAAGAACAAGAAGUCGUCGCAACUGAGUGUUGGCGAUACACCGACCAUGACGCCCGGGUCACUCGAGAGUGCCUCGCUCACCACCUGGUCUACCCAACUGACCACCCUCGAAUCCCGAGCUGCCGAGCACGACAAGUAUGGCAGCCUUCUCAUCUCACAAGUCGCCGAACCCCUCAAGUACUACGGCACCCGUUUCGAGGAGCUGCGCAAGCGACACAUCGAAUACGCCGACAAGCUUGCCGCCGAGCGAGACUCAUCCUACGGCGACCUGCGCAAGGUAAAGGGGAAAUAUGACACCGUCUGUCAAGAGGUCGAAGCACGCCGCAAAAAGUCCGAGUCGCACUACGACAAGGCCAAAGCCCAGAGUGCCUACCAACACCAAAUUUACGAAAUGAACAACGCCAAGAACAGCUAUCUUAUCGCCAUAAACGUCACCAAUAAACAAAAGGAAAAGUACUAUCACGAUUAUGUUCCCGAGGUCAUGGACAGUAUACAGGACUUGAGCGAAUUCAAAACCAUAAAACUGAACGGACUGUGGGGGGUGGCUAGCAAGCUGGAGGGUACGAUGCUGCGAGACAGUUCGGGUAUGAUGGACCAUUUGGGCCAGGAAAUUACCCGAAACCUGCCACACCUGGACUCAAUGAUGUACAUGCGACACAACAUGGGAUCCUUCCAGGAACCCGCAGACAAGGAAUUCGAACCUAGUCCCGUGUGGCAUGACGACGCGACCAUGGUUGUCGACGAGACGGCAAAGAUUUAUCUACGAAACGUUCUCAGCAAGUCCAAAUCACAACUAGGCGACUUGCGACGAGAAGUGGACAAGAAGCGGCGGGAAGUCGAAUCCGUCAAGAAAUUGAAGCAACGGGUUCGAGACGGCACCGAGAAGAAGGACGAGGUGGAAGUUGUGCGCUCGCUUUUCGCCAUGCAAGAGGACCUGCAUUCUGUAGACCGACAACGGUUGACCGCCGAAGUGGAAACAGGGACCAUCACAGCCGUCGUUGGAGAUGUGACGCUCGGCGCAAAGAACCACAACUUCAAGAGUCAGACAUUCAAGAUCCCCACAAACUGUGACCUCUGCGGUGAGCGUAUCUGGGGGUUAAGCGCCAAGGGAUUCGACUGUCGAGACUGCGGCUACACCUGCCACAGCAAAUGCGAGAUGAAGGUCCCCGCAGACUGUCCCGGCGAACAGAACAAAGACGAGCGCAAGAAGCUCAAGGCUGAACGCCAGGGAGCUGCGAAUCGCCUCGUGGUCCGGGACCCUGCGGCGCCUUCGCACGUCGCCGACCUUCCGGAUCUGUCAAGGUCAAAUACCAUGAAUUCACUGAGUUCACACUCCGCAAGACGAUCUGUGUCGGGCCAAAUGAGUCCUGCGGAACUAGACGCCGACACUGAAUCACCCGUGGUCGCGAAGCCCAGCAUCUCGCCUAAUCCUACCGGCAACACAAGCGCCCGGAAGAGAAUGGCUGCGCCGCCUCCAGCUGCGUAUAUCAGUGAACUACCAAGCAGUGGUGUCAAUGGCAACGGGACCAAGGAAGAGAAGAAGGGCAAAAUGCUGUAUGCUUUUGACGCAAGUAAUGAUGGAGAACUGUCAGUACAAGAAGGCAGAGAGGUAACCCUCCUAGAACCAGAUGAUGGCUCUGGCUGGGUCAAAGUCCGCGCCGGCUACAAAGAGGGCAUCGUCCCGUCGUCCUAUGUUGAAUUCUCCGCCCCCGCAGUCCCAGCAGCCACGCGCCCCGAAUCAACAUACUCCAACUCAACAACGUCGUCUGCCGCACCGUCAACAGGACCAGGCGGCAAGAAGAAGGGACCGGCUGUCGCGCCGCGCAGGGGGGCCAAGAAACUGAAGUACGUGGAGGCGCUGUAUGAGUAUGCGGCGCAGAGUGCGGACGAGCACUCCAUGGUGGAGGGGGAGCGGUUCGUGCUCGUCAAGGAGGACCCCGGCGAUGGGUGGGUGGAGGUUGAGAAGGCGGGUGUGACGGGGAGUGUGCCGGCGAGUUAUGUUCAGGUUGUGUAG